GAAUGGGCCAAUAUGGCGGCGAGCGUCAGAAUGUAGCUUCGCAACGGGAUGUUUUAUUUAAACUACUGUUGAUUCAAGAAGAUUGUCUUUUAGUUUUAGGUGAGCAAACGGAAAUGCGAACAUUUUAUAAAACCACAAAGACUAUCUGAACCGUUUCCGGUUAGACUGGCUGAUAAUUAGCACACCCGCUAGCUAGCAGCUUUCCUUGAGUGGCUUUCUGGAGCAGCAGGAUGUCCGGAAAACUCAGUAAUCCUCUGAAGGCCGGCGACCUGGUGUUCGCCAAGAUGAAAGGCUUUCCUCACUGGCCGGCUCGGGUCUGUAAAUCAGAGAACGGCUACAGGAAGCGAGUCCCGGUCUACUUUUUCGGGACCCAUCAGAUAGGCUCCGUCACGCCGGAGAACGUCGCUCCGUACGUCGGCAACAAGCUGAAGUACGGCAGCGGCGUCCGCAUCAAAGGCUUCUCUGAGGGCAUGUGGGAGAUCCAGAACACGCCCGGCCUCGGCAGCAAACUCAAGGUUCAACCGAAGACCUGCACUAAAAAAACACCAGCAAAACCAGCUGCUUCUUCUACUACACUCUCCAGAAAAACUCCUGCAGCUAAAACUCCUGAUGGAAAACCUAAAGGAGCUUCUGCUCCCACUAAGUCUGAGUGCAACACUAAACCUGCUUCAAGCAGAAGCAUCCCGAGUCGAGCUUUGGGUGAGAAAGAAAGUUCAGAGAGAUCCACAAGAACGUCGUUUCGAUUGGCUCCAGAUAAAACAACCCAGACCAAACAAGAUCUGGACGCUCCAGAUCGUCCUGCAGCGACUAGAUCCUCUUCCAGAUUGACUCCUGAUCAACCUGUAGAAACAAAGCGAGAUAAAGAAACACUAGACUGUACCACAGCUACAAGAUCCUCGUCUAGAUUAGUUCAAUCUGUAGAACCAAAACUAGAUAAAGAAACUCCAGAUCAUGUCGAGGCUCUAAGAACCUCGUCUAGAUUGUCUCCAGAUGAAAACAUGAACUCUGCACUGGGCAAAGAGUCUGCAGAACCUCCUGCAGCUGCAGGCGGGUUGUCUAAGUCCGAUCCAGAUGACUUCACACAGUUUACAGAGUCUACAGAGCGUAGAGAGUUUAGAUUAGAGUUAACCAGGUUAUCUUCUGAUGGAACAACAGAGUCCAGUCAGGGUGAAGACUCUGCAGAUCAGACUGCAUCCAGGUUGGCUCCAGAGAAACCAACAGACUCCAAACUGGAAAAAGAAACCAGAGAAGAAGGUACCACGGAGUCCAACCAGGUUAAAGAACCAGCAGAGCAGCCGGCUGCUACUAGAACCUUAUCCAGAUUAGCUCCAGAGAAACCAACGGGUCCAAAGCCGGAUCAGGAAGCAGGAGAGGUUGCCACGGCAACGAGAAGCAGGAGGUCGGCGAGCGGUGGGUCACUGGCAGAACGAUUGAACGAAAAGGAAACUCUAAUUCAGACUAAAGGAGAGGCGAGAUCAGGAAGAGCUUCUUCUGCCUCUGAUGGAAAACCUGCAGCAGGAUCGACAGGAAGUAAACCUCAGGCCAAGAAGGAAACGGCGAGCAGCGGCGAGCAGGAAGCUGCUGCAGGACGAGUUUCAACCCGGAGCAGAGCCACAGAAUUAAAGCUCAGUGACAUUCCUGACUUACCGCCUUCCAGGAAGAGGAGAAAAGAUGCAGGAAAGGAAAAGAACCAGGAGGCCAAGAGGAAGAAAGAGGAGAAGGACGAGAAACUGAGUCUGAGCAGCGAGGACAGGAUGAAAGAUCAGAGUGAGAGCAGAGCGUCAAAAAGAAAGAUGGAGGAGGAGAAAACCGAGGAAGGAAGAGAGAAAGUAAAGACGAGGAGGAGCAGGAAAGAAAAGGAGGCAGGAGAGAAAGAAAUGAAGAGAAUAAAGAUGAGAAGAGAAGAAAACUCUGAGGGAAUAAAUAAGAGGAAGGAUGAGGAAGAGACAAAAACAUCUGAGAAAACAAAAAAGAUCCAAAAGGAGAUAAACGAGAAACACGGAGACAGAAGAGAAGAAAUGAAGGUCAGUAGGACGGAGGGAGAGAGAGAAUCAUCUGAGGAGACAAAGAGAGGAGAGAAAGACGAGGACAAAACAGAGGGAAUAAAAACUAAAAAAGUUCAAGAAGGGGAGGAGAAAACUGAAGGAACAAAGACAAAGAGAUCAGAGGAGGAAGAGAAACAUCAAGAAAACCUGGAAGCAAAGAAGACGAGGAGCGAGGAGGAAGAAAUGGAGGGAAAGAUGAGCAAGAAAAGCAAGAAAGAAGAGGAGAAAAUGGAGAACAAAACCAGCAAAGCUGAGAAAACAGAAGAAAGAGGAGAAGGAAUGAAGGUCAGGAGAGCCGAGAGAAAAGAGGAGGAAGAGGAACGAGUGAAGACCAGGAGAGGUGAGAGUAAGGAACUGAAGGACGACAAGAAAACCAAAGAGAGAAGGAAAAGAAAGAAAGAAGAGAAAGAUAGACCAGAACCAAGUUUAGAGAAAACAAGAGGAAUGAAGCAGAAGACGACAAAAGAUUCAGAUGGAGAGAAAGAUAUGAGGGAGGAGAGGAGGAGAAAGGAGAAAGAGAAGAAGGUAGAGAAGAAAAGAAAACAUAAGGGCAUGGGAGAGGAGGAAGAAAAGAGAGAACUGCAAUCUGCAAGACGAGAGGAAGAGGAGGAGGUGAAGGAGAGAACGGAUGGAGGGGAGGAGAGAGAAGAGGAGAAGGAAGACGAGAGGCAGGAGCAGCUGGCGGCGCGGAGGGAGAGUCUGAUCGAGUCGCUGAGAGAUCUGCUGAAGACCAAGGAGAUGACCAAGAGCUGCCAGGACGGAGGAAAGAUGGCCGACAGGAAGACGCCACCCAAAGGUGGAGAGGAAAGACGGAGAGGAGAGAAGACAGAGAGAGGAGGGAAACUGUCCACCAGAAAACCAACGAGCGAGACGAAAGGAGAGAGAGCGUCCAACCAAAGGACAAGUUCAGACAUGAAGGAAGAGAAGACGAAUGAAGGCACCAGAAGAGACAAGAUGGCCACCAGGAAGUCCACAGCUGAGAGGAAGAAGACAAAUAAACGAGUGGAGAAGGAUUCAAGGCAAAAGACGACAGUGGAGACGAAGGAGAGUGAAGACGGGAUGGAGAGAGGAACGAAGAAAACCACAGAGGACAAGACUGGUGGGAAGGAGGAAAAGAUGUCUACUGGAGGGUCAGCUGUGGAGGUGAAGAAAGAUGGACAGAAGGUAGAAAAGGACGAGAGGAAAGAGAAGACCAAGAGCAAAGAAGAAGACGAGACGAAGCAGCAGAAAGACGAGAGGAAGAUAAUCGGAAAGAUCGUUAAAGCCAAUCAGGGAACGAAGAUCCAUGUGAAGACCAUGAUGGGAGGACUGACCAAAGGAGCUGGAGAGGAGGAGGUGAAGAAGAAGAAAGAGGAGGAUGGAGGGAGAAAGGAGGAGGUGAAGAAGACUAUAAAGAUGGAAAAAGAAGAAAAAACAGAGAAGGCAGCCAAGAAGUCUGAUGCUAAAAACUCAGAAACAGAGGAGAAAAGAAUGAAGAAUGAAGCUGAAGACAAGAUGACAAGAAAAAGGGAAGAGCAGAAAAAUCCGGGAGGCAGGAAGGAAACAGAGGGGAUGAGAUUAACCCGGGAACAGAGGAAGAAACGUGAUGGUGAGUCUCAGGAAAAGAAAAAAGAGAGAACCAGAUCGCGGCAACUGGAGGAGAGUAAACCACAGAAGAAGAACAAGGAAGAGAAGAAGAGUGGAGCCGACCGAGCGCCGGCUGCAGCUGAAGGUUUACGGAUGGAAUCUGCUGCCAAAGACACGGCGCCAGCGGAGAAGGAGGGCACUGAAAGAGAGAGUCCGACCGGGACGGAUCAGAAGAACUCCAGCUCAACGCUGACGGACUCGACUCUGCACCGGAUCAACGGAGACCUCCGCAUCUCUCUGAAGACGGACAAACCCGACAUCAGGAAGUGUCUGUCGGCGUUGGACCAGCUCAGCAUGCUGUAUGUGACGUCUGAACACGUCCAGAGGCACAGCGAGCUCAUCGCCACGCUCAGGAAGAUGCGGUACUACCGGGCCAACCAGGCCAUCAUGGACAAGGCCUCCAUGCUCUACAACCGCUUCAAGAACGCCUUCCUGGCCGGCGACGGCGAGGAGGUGGUGAGCGCCGCCUUCCUGCACUCGCUGCUGCAGGACGACGAGACGCAGCUGAUGAGGGAGAAGGAGGAGGCGAGCGAAGGAGAGGCGGAGGAGCUGGAAGCAAAAGUGGAUUCCUCCUGAGACCCGGACCGGACUGGACUGAACCGGACCGGACUGGACCGAACUGAACCGGACCGGACUGGACUGAACCGGACCGGAACCGGCUCUGGUCCCGUCACAGCAGCUGCUGUAGUUCCUGCUGGACGUCCUGCUGUAUUUCCUGUCCCAGUGGAAACAUGUGUCACGUCUCCCACUUAGUUUUUGAUUUAAUCUUUAAUUUCAGUCGGCAGCAUUAAUACUGAUUUAAACCUUUAGAGUCUUUUAAUUAAACUUUAACUGAAACACUGAGUAACUUGUGCUAAUUUUUACUUCCUUGUAAAGUUCCUAAUCUCACACUUGAACUCCUCUGGUGCAUUCGUCCGUCUUGCCCUCAGAGAAGGGGCUGAUGGGAAACGUAGUUGUUCUUUGACGGUGUUUUAUUUAAACGUGUGUGAAUGAAACAUAAAGCAUUAAACCAGGCAGGAUGCUGUGAAACCUGCAGAACGGUGCUGCAGAGAUCAGUCUGAGUUGUUUUUGUAAAAAUCUGGACCUUAUUUUGAUUUUAUUUUUUAAAGUUGCUGUUUCUCCAGGUGUUUUUAUUUGUGUGUUUGUUAGUUUUCAGUAGUCUGUGACCGACUGCUGCUGCUGCUGCUGUCUUGUAAAUCUGUAUUUUUCUGAUGUUUUCCACAAACAUGAUUGAAUUAAAAUCCUAAUCAGUG